AUGCCAGCUGGAUGGAGCUGGUGCUUCGGCCACCUCCGUGUACUAGACCAGAAACUGCAGCAAUUGCCAUCCGACGCAAACAUCUACCUGGCCAUGGAGGACAUGGAGAACCACGCCGAUGCGGAAGUCUUCCUAAUGGACUUAUGGCCGGUCUUUGAACCAGUGCUCAUGAUCUCUGGUCCUGAUCUUGCGAUCCAGGCGUCUACUACCUACGAAUUGCCAAAGCCUCGGGAUCAGACAAAUUCGAUGCGGCCAAUGAUUGGGGGAGCCAGUCUCCUCACGAUGAACGAGCAGCAAUGGAAGGUGUGGAGGUCGCUUUUAAACCCGGGGUUCAGCUCGUCGCAUAUGCUUAGUUUGGUUCCGACUAUUGUGGACUCGGUGGAGGUAUUUCGCGAGCAGUUGCGUGGGCACGUUGAUAAGGGGGCACCCAGUGAUACCGACUUAAAUAACCAGCGUUCAGAGCAUGAGAUCUCGCACGCGUUGAAUACGAUCUUGAAUUGGCAUUCCUUUUGGGACCCUCGAAUUCUGCUGAACCCACUGAGGCCGGUCGUGCAAUGGUAUUAUGGCCGGAUCUUGAAGAACUUCAUCAUUCAAGAGCUUCAGAAGCGAUUUGACGAGAUGAAGCUUGAGAGAUCAAAGUCUAAUGCAAUUGAAACGAAGAAGGCGAAGUCCGUAGUCUCCCUGGCGCUCGAGCAAUACAUUACUCAGAACCAGAACAAGGAUCCGCACAGCCUCAACGACCUGCAUCUAGACAACAACUUCGCUCAGAUCGCUUCAAAUCAGAUAAGCCUCUUCAUAUUCGCCGGCAACGACACAACAGCGACAAGUAUCGUCUACGCAUACCACAUGCUAGCCUCAUAUCCCCACACACUCUCCACCCUCCGCGCAGAGCUCAAUACUAUCUUCGGCGUUGAUGGAAAAAUUGCGAAUCAACUCAAAGAAAACCCAGCCCUAAUCAACCAAUGUCGCUACACACUCGCAGUCAUCAAGGAAACUAUGCGUCUUUAUCCUCCCGCAUCAUCGAUUCGAGAGGGCACAACCAGUGUUUCGCUAGUAGACCGCAAAGGAACUGUAAUUCCUACCGAAGGUCUCAACGCCACGAUCAUGCAUCGUUUCGUCCACAUCAACCCGCGUGUUUGGCCUCGACCAAUGGAAUUUCUCCCUGAGAGGUGGUUAGUCGAGCCUGGACACGAACUACAUGUGCCUACAGCAUCUGGUGCGUACCGUCCUUUCGAGCACGGCCCGCGCAACUGUAUCGGACAAACUCUGGUGAUGAACGAGCUACGCGUCACUUUGAUCAUGACUGCACGAACCUUUCGCAUUACACCUGCUUAUGAAGAAUGGGACGCUUUCAAAACUGCGAACGAAAUUUCGUGGACGAGAUUGGCAAGAAAGCUGGGCAUCAAAAAGGAUGAACCAAAGCCUCCUCGAGGGGAGAGAGCAUAUCAAACCUCGAGAUCUGGUGCGCACCCUGCAGAAGGCUACCCUUGCCGUGUAACCCUGAUUUAG